UUUGAAAAAGCCCUUAUCUUGUAGUGACGCAGAUGGGUGAUGUAAAUGUCUAGAAUUUGCUUCAGAAUCAUCGGGGAGUGGUGAUGUGAGUGGAAGCAUAGAGCAAACAAGACCAGCCCCAUGUUGGUCAUAGUAAAAGCCAGGCAAGGAAUUCGUGGAAAGUUAUGCCAUGCUCUACAUUGGUAUGUUUGGAAUUCUUGGUAGUAGAGUUAAAAAAAAUUUUUUAAAUGUUUUUAUUGAUUUUAGAGAGAGAAGAAGAGAGAGGGAGUAACAUCCAGGUGAGAGAAAAACAUCUAGCAGCUGUCUCCUGCACACCCCUGAGGGGUAAAUUGAACCAGUGACCUCUCAGUGCAUGUUUUGAUGCUCAACCAACUGAGCCACACUGGCCAGGGCCUUGGUGGUGAAGUUUUUUUAAAAUGACAUUUCUGUAGCAGUUCCCAGGCUGGUUUUCCUGACCAUUUUAAAGUCUCUAAAAGGUGAGCCUGGCUUUUGAUCCUCGGUUUCGAUUCAUUCUCCACAUUACAGUUAGUUCCUGGAGUUAGUACGUUCCCUGUGGUGGUUAAGCUGGAGGAUAAUACGUAUCUCAAACUCAGAACAUGAAUGAUUGGAUGCCCAUCGCCAAGGAGUAUGACCCCCUUAAAGCGGGCAGCAUCGACGGUACGGAUGAGGACCCCCACGACCGCGCCGUCUGGAGGGCAAUGCUGGCGCAGUACACCCCCAACAAAGGCGUCACGGGGGACCCCCUCCUCACCCUGUUUGUGGCCAGACUAAACUUGCAGACCAAAGAGGAGAAGUUAAAGGAGGUGUUUUCCCGCUACGGGGACAUCCGGCGGCUUCGGCUGGUGCGGGACCUGGUCACGGGCUUCUCCAAGGGCUAUGCUUUCAUCGAGUACAAGGAGGAGCGCUCCCUGCUCAGAGCCUACCGGGACGCUGACGGCCUGGUCAUCGACCAGCACGAGAUAUUCGUGGACUACGAACUGGAAAGGACUCUCAAAGGGUGGAUCCCUCGGCGGCUGGGAGGAGGCCUGGGGGGGAAAAAGGAAUCUGGGCAGCUGAGAUUUGGGGGGCGGGAUCGGCCUUUCCGAAAACCCAUUAAUUUGCCCGUUAUUAAAAGCGAUCAGUAUAGAGAGGGAAAAAGGGAGAAGAGGGAGCGCUCCCGAUCCCGAGAAAGACACUGGGAGUCGAGGACCAGGGAGCGAGACCAUGACCGGGGCAGGGAGAAGAGGCGGCAGGAAAGAGAGCCAGCCAGGGCGUGGCCUGGGAAUGACUGGGAGAGAGAGAGGGAUUUCAGAGACGACCGGGCCAAGGGGAGGGAGAGGAGGGACAGGAGUAAGUAGAGGCUCAGCGCCUCCGCCAGCAGAGCCCAAAAGAAGGUAGAACAGAAGUAAAAGCACAGAGAGGUCUGCGUUGCCUUUAUACAAAGGGUAACCAGUGCUGAAUGAAGCUCCCUGAUGAUGCUCUGGCUCAGGUGGCACAGUCAGUUGGGCGUCGUCCGUGCACUGAAAGGUGCUGGUUCGAAUCCUGGUCAGGCCACAUGCCUGGAGUGAUCGAUGUUUCUCUUUCUCUCUCCCUCCCUUCCUCUCUAAAAAAUCAAUUAAAAAAUAUUUAAGAACAAACAAACUUACUGAUGAUAAGGCAGUUUGGGCAAGUUUCCUUUCUAAUCUGAAACCCAGGUUCAAGCUGAACACACUGAUGUCAUGAAUGUCCCUUCAUCUUAGAGUUCUGAGGGCACGUUAUCUAAUAAGCUCUGAGAAAUAACUUUGUACCGAAGGAUGUGUGCAAGGAGCCACUGGUCUUUCGUUCAGCAAUAGGGGAUUGGUUUUGAGAAUUUAUUUUCUCCCAUCUAUUAGAAAUGACCAUUUGAGGGCCUGGCAAAAAGAGGCGAUGGCCCAAAAUCAUUUGUAUUGACCUGUGACUCCUGGGAACCCAGAUCCGGUCAGAAUAUGUUGUAAUUUUUCCAUCCUUAUGUCUAUAGUACAAGGAAUUGCUGAAUUGAAAUAAAAAUGGGAUAGAAAAGUGAAUCUUAGGAAAAUUUCCAGAGACUUAAUACUACAUCACUCCUUCCUGCCAAAACAACCCAGCAGCCCUUGGCCCCUGGCCCCAGUCCCUGUGUCCUUUUCACUGAAUGUGGUAAAAGUCUCAACAAUGACAAGCAAAAAUUCCCCACCCCCUCUAGUCAGAGUGGAGGAAGACCUGGGGGGUCAUCACCCCUGCUGGUGACCCCCGCCCGGCUGUACCUGAAGGUGUCCUCAGGCAAGCCCUGGGGUCUCCACCGACAAUGAGGAGGUCUCCUAGGCUCUUGAGGAAGAAGAGCAGAGAGGUCAGAGGCCCGCUGGGGCACAGGCCGUCGGCCAGAAAUAGGGGCCAGGCCUAUGGGCCACCCAGAAGCCACCUGGGGAGGCAGGAGAGACUGGGCCAGACCCAAACCUGUAGACUGUACAACCCCAAACAUGAACCCUGAUGUGCACUAUAGACUUUGGGUGACAGCGAUAUGUAGGUUCAUUGAUUGUAACAAAUGUCCCACUCUGCUGGGAGAUGUUGAUAAAUGGGGGAGGCGCUGUUGUGGGGGAGGGGGCUUGUAGGAGGCAUAUGGGAAAUCUCUGUACCUUUCAAAUUUGCUGUGAACUUAAAACUGCUCUAAAAAAUGAAAUCUUAAAAAAAUAUAUAAUAGACAAAAUAUUUGAACAGAUUCUUCACAAGGGAAGAUAGAUGAGUGGCCACACUGAGCAGAUGAAAAGAUGCUCCACGUUGUGAGUCAUCAGGGAAAUACCGCAAUUAAACCACCAUGAGACACCGUUGUGCAUUCACUGGAAUGACUGAAUCAAAACGAUUGCCAGUACCAAGUGCUGAUAAGGAUUUGGAAUUCUCACACGUUGCUAGUGGGAAUGUCAAACAGUAUAAUCACUUUGAAAACGUUUUUCCUACAGCUAAACAUACCUUCAUUAUUGUGUGUGUGGGUGUCUUAAUCCUCACCCAAGGACAUGCUUAUAGAGAGGAAGGAAGGCGGGCGGGGGGGCGGGGGGGCAGUGAGAGAGAGAGAACGUCGAUCGGUUGCCUUUUGUAUGUGCCCCAACCAGUGAUUGAACCUGAAACCCAGGUAUGUGCCCUGACUGGGAAUCGAACCAGCAACCUUUCAGUGCACAGGACAGCAGCCAACCUACUGAGUCACUCUGGCCGGGCAGCCUUCAUUAUUAGACUCAGCAAUUUAUUUACCCACAAGAAAUGAAAACAUUGUCUACACAACAGCCUGUGCAGGAAUGUUCACAGCAGUUUUAUUCAUGAUGGCCAAGAAUCAGAAACAGCUCAAAGGUCCACCAGCAGGUAAAUGGAUAAGCAAAUUGUGUCCUAUCCAUACAGUGGAAUACUACUCAGAAAUACAAAGGAGUAUAUAUUAAUUAAUACAUGCAACAACCUGCAUGAAUUUUUAAAACUUUAUCGGGAGCAAAGCCAGGCACAAAUGCAUACAUACAGCAUGGAUUUAUGUCAAAUUUGAUAUAUAAGAGGCCAAUCUGGACUGUAGUGACAGAAAACAGGUCAGUGGUUGCUUGGGACUGGGAAGGGGUGGGCUGUUGAUUGCAAAGGGAGAUUUGGGGGUGAUGUGAAUGUUCUACCUUGAUCGCAGUGUUUGGUAGUUUCAUGGGUGGAUAAAUCUGUCAAAACUCAUCACAUGUAUACUCACUGUGGAUACAUUUUAUUCUACGCAAAUUAUACCUCAAUAAAGUUGAUUUUAAUUUUA